AAUUUUGGAACUUGAAAUUCGAAAUACCCAGAAUCUUGCUUGAGCCCUAGUCGCGUCUUGUGAUUUUGCUUGCAAUCAGACGAUUUUUCCUGUGAUUGUGCCCUAGUCGCUUUGUGCGCAUUUCGCUGUCGUCGUGCGCCUUUUUUUUGGUUCCCGUCACUCGAAAAAAUGAAAUGUCCAAUUUUUUAGGUUUUUCUUAACCUUAAAACUUUAAUAUCGUUUUUCACGCUAGUUUUCGGGCCAUUUUCCACUAUUUUUACCGAUUUUUUCAUGUAAAAAUCCCGACGCGUUUUGUUAAAAAUGGGCACCGAGUUGCGCCGGAUUAUGGCGUGCGAGUACUCACGAUUUUUUUUGUGAAGCACAAAGUUUUACAAGCUUGCUUGAUCAAAUAUCAUAUUUGAUGAAGAGAUAAGGUCUCUUCCCUUGAGAUUUGAUGCUAAAUUUUUUGUUGUUGAAGAGAUAAAGGGUCUAGAUACUCAAUGGAUGAAUUGCAUGGGAUCCUAAUGGCAUAUGAAUUGAAGACCAAAAAGGAGAAAUCAUCUAAGUGAGAGGCAGUCUUCAAAGCCUCAUAAAAGAUGAAUAAGGAGCCCGAACUGGAAGCGGUAGCUCCUAAUGAUGAAUCAAACAAAAAGGAAACUCAUUUUGUUAGGAAGAUUAAGAAAGGAUCUGACAAGUAUAAAGUGUGGAGGAAGAGAAAUAAAGGAGAAAAGUCUUUCAGUUUUCAUUAAUAAAAAAGGAAAUUUUGCAUUGUGGAACUGUUUUAGAGCUAACUGUCAUUGGAGGGGAAGCACAAAGAAAACUCACGUGCCUGUGCAUUCGUCCCAGUUAUUGGACACUCCAGAUCCAGAAAAAGGUGCUUCAAAUUCUAAAAAGGAUGAAGAUGAAAUGAAGGAAUAUUUUGGGAUGCAGGGUAUGAAAAUCAUGGAGGAGCAGGGAACAGAUGAAACCACCCAAUCUAUGGAUGAUACCUCUACAGCUAACAAUGAAAUGCUAGCUAACCUUAAAGUUCAAGUUGCUGAUUUGCAGGUUAGACUGAAUGACCUUGAAUUCAGAGUGGAGGGCCUUAGAGCAGACAAAAAGCUCCUGAUGCAUGCGGUUAAUUCCGUAACUCUGAUCACUGACGGGAUCAUGCGGAAGGCGGUUAUGGAGGUGGUCUUUGGCCAGAGCAAAUUGAAGAAGCAGAAUGCAAGUUCGAGUGUGCGGAAAGGGGAGGAUCCCAAAGAAUGCAGUCCUGAUGAUGUAGACUGGAAGAAGAACCUCCAGAUUGUGGAAAAGAAUUGGGAUCUCAUUAAGAGUCAAAAGUAGUAUGUGGGUUAGGGUUACUCUGGUUUUUUGGGAGGGUUUUGUUGUUGGUUUAUCUAUUUCUGUUAUGGUUUUAGUCAGAUUCUCUGUUAUGAACUUUAAUGGCUUGCAUGCCUGUUAUAUGCUUAGUUGGUUAGUUAUCAUCUUUAGUAGUUUAGUUCGGAUGCCAUUUAUCUGCUGGACAUUUUGUUUAUGUUUUUUUAUUAUAUUUGCAUGAUGGUCUGUAGUGUGCUUCUAGUUCUUUUGUGCUAGCGGUUGUUUUCUGUUGGUUUUGUUGUGCUGUUGACUGUAUGGGAUUACGGCCCUUCCUUGAUUAAUCCAAAACAUAUAUGACAUAAUUUUUAACAUCAGCCAGCACUCCUCAAUAAAGUUAGAUUGUUAU